UUGAAAAUUUCAAUUUCAGCAUCCGUUCCACAUCUUUCCUGCAUCACUACCUAAUGGCUGUUUCAAUAUCAGUGGUAUAUAGAAGGAUCGAGCAACGAUAUGAUGCUUAUCCAUUUGUCACAUUAGUUGGGAUAAGGCUCGUCCUUCUCAAACUCUCCCUCCACAUCAUCACCAGCAAAGGCACUGUGUAUGAGGUCUGCUUGAGAUGGAAGUUCAUACUCUGCCAUCUCAAUCAUCAACAUCAUCAUCAUUAAGCCUUAUCCCAACUAAUUGGGGUUGGCUACAUUAAUCCUUUUUUUCCCUGAUUGAUGUGGUGUUUGGAUCUGUGGGCCAUUCACAUUAAAGGACACUAGAAGGCAUAUCAAGAUUCAACAUCCCCCCACCAUGUGUACUCAGGGACAUGGAAGCUAUUUUGUUAAUUUGAAAUAGUUGUAAUCAAAAUUUGAAGACUACCUUAAACAAUUGCAAUUUUGUUAAUUUCUACUCUAUUGAACUAAUUAUUUCAAUUCAAUUUGAUUGUGCAUCCAAACACUUCUCCAUCUAGUCCCAUACAGUCGGUGAACCUAUUCCAAUUGUAUAUGGACUGUUGGCUGUUACACUUUUGACCAUUCAUUUUGAAGCUGAAAAUCACAUGGCCUGCAUUGCCCAUUGUGUAAAGAAGAAAUGAAAGAUGCUGCUUGACUGGCAAGUGCUGUUUCAAGAGUUUCUGGGACAAAUGUUGAAGUAUGUUGAACAAGAAUUGGCAAAGAAAAGGGGCAAGAGCAUUGAUGCUACAGAUCAUAUUGAGAAUGAUUUACAAAGUGCAGAGGAUGAAUUGUACAUCAUUCCAAAGCAUCUUAAGGUGCAAAAUCACAAAAGGUGGAAACUAACAGGUGCAAAAUCACAAAAUUCCUGUUUUUGCUUGGCUCAUGCGGAUUAUUCAGACAGGUUGGAUUUUGGUACAUGUAUGCCAUGUAGAAAAUUGUAG